AUGUCUGGAGAACAAAAAACGUGGACGGGCAAGGCUAUAGUUGCUCGCGAUACUUUGGCCAACAAGGGCUGGAAGAUUGAGGAUGUCACGACGAGGGAGAUCAAGGAUGAUGAGUUGCUAGUUGAGCUCGUGGCCAGUGGUGUUUGCCAUACAGAUGUCAUGUGUGGUACAGGCACAGGCAACCCGGAUCUAUUCUACUACCCACGUGUCCUUGGUCAUGAAGGUUCUGGAUACGUCAAAGCAGUUGGAUCGAAAGUCAAGGUUGCUAAACCCGGCGAUGCUGUAUUGCUGUCAUUCGACUGGUGUGGUGAAUGCGAAUCUUGCAAGAACGGUCUCCCGUCACUCUGCUACGAGAGCAUGCCAUUGAACUUUGGCAACAAACCCGCUUUCGAAUCCACCAACCCCGAGGACCCGACAGUGAUCGCUGGCAAAUUCUUUGGCCAGUCCAGCUUCUCUCGCUACAGUGUGGCCAAGCAGAACAGCGUUGUCAACGUUACCGACCUCGUGGAGAGCAAGGAGGAACUGCAAGCGUUUGCGCCACUUGGCUGCGGUUUCCAGACAGGUGCUGGUACGGUCAUCAAUGUAGCCAAAGCAACAGAAAAGGAUGCCAUUGCAAUUCUUGGUCUGGGCGGUGUCGGUUUGAGCGCUAUCAUGGCAGCAAAACUCUCAGGUUGCAGGACGAUCAUCGGAAUUGAUCGCGUGGGCAGCCGUAUGGAGACGGCAAAGUCACUCGGUGCUACGCAUGUGCUUGAUACAUCGAAGCUCCCCACUGGCUUGACUGUGGUCCAAGCAGUACAGAACAUUUGCGAGGGCGCUGGUCCUUCAAUCACAAUCGAUACGACGGGUGCGCCGGUGCUUGUCAUGGCUGGGAUUGAGAUGACAAGGAAGGGUGGAAAGAUCAUUCAGGUGGGCUCAACGCCUCCAGAGUUCCAGGUUGAGCUGCCAGCGUUCCUUUUCAUGAACAGCGGUAAGGCUUACAUGGGAGCCAUUGAAGGAAACAGCACAUCUUCCGAGUUCAUCCCAAAGAUGAUUCAGUGGUAUCGGGAAGGCAAGUUCCCCUUUGACAGGUUCGUCAAGCUUAUGCCGGCGGAGGACUUUGAAAGAGGCAUCCAGGAGAUGCACACAGGCGAAACAGUAAAGCCUGUAAUCACCUGGACCUGA